UUGUCUCUCUUUCUAGUUUUCCCUCACAAAAGAAAUAUGACAAAGCCGUUAAUAAUUGUAGAUCAUAGCCUUGGCGGUUCAUGAAAAUCAGCUGAAACAUCCCGUCGACUUUUUGGAUGAUGUGUGACUAUAAGCUGAAACGAUUUCUACUGUAUGUCGUUGCAUUACUAUGCUCUAUUAUAUUGUUUUUAAAAAUGCUAAACCCAACACAGAACAGUCUACAACCUGCAUCAGAGUUUGUAUUCAUAAAUAGAGGGCCACCGCAAAAUGCACUAUUAGCACGUCAAUUUACAUUCGACCCAACCUGGCAGCCAUUAUUAUACGAUCCACCGCCAGAGGAAACACUUAUGGCAAUUAAAAGAAAUAUUAUUGUAGAAGAAGAGAUACCCAAACCUGGAAAGGAACCACAGACAUACAAUAUUCUUUUAACUGCCGUUGUAAACAGCGGUAUGAUUGAUUAUACACUUAAUUGGAUUGAGUCAUUAAGGCGGACGCAACAGGAUGAUAAGUUUUUAGUAUUUGCUAUUGAUCAAGGUGUCGUUGAUGCAUUGACCGAGCACGGAUAUGGCGCCCAAGUUACAUUAAUACCAGAUAGUUGGUUUCACGUACCACUUAUUUCUGAAUUUGCUCGUUGGAAAAGCGACCAAUACAGACCUAUCACGCAUGCAAAAACACUUGUAGUUGAAAGAUUAUUAUACCUCGAUGUGACAGUCUGGUUUUCAGACGUAGAUAUUGUUCUCCUUAGCCCUAAUAUACGCCCACUUAUGCUAUCACUCAUGGCGCAGAGACCUUAUACCGAUAUGAUCUUCACUCAAGAAGUAGAUCAUCGAACUGUCAACUCAGGCUUCUACAUGAUGAAACCAACCAUGUUGACAAAGCAAUUUUUGCAUCAGAUCGUAAUCGAACAAGAUAAGACUGAAAAGUUUACACAGCAAAAACUUAUGAAUGAAGUGCUGAAAGUUAUGUUUCCUCGAGACAUCGUGGCAAGCCCUUACCGAUUAUUGGAUUUACUACUCUUCCCCAAUGGCAACUUUUACUUUCGUAUGAAUCUGCCGCAGAGAUUGGGAAUUCAACCUCUAAUGGUGCACGCUAACUAUCUCAUAGGUGACAGUAAAAAAAAUUCACUCAAAGAAGCUGGUCUAUGGUAUAUAGACUCGCCAUAAUAAUCACUAUAAUAUGGUACAUUUGUUUAUUAUUAUUAUUAUUCAGGUUCCUUAAAAGGAAACCUUACAAUAAAAUUAUUUAAAGGCAAGAAGGCAAACGAAAUUCUGAUCGUUUCUUU